AUGCGAACGGCGGAUUCGGGGAAAAGUGGAGCCGCGGUUUUUGCGGAGAACGAAGACGGUUUGGUAUCUGUACAGACCCGUAAUGGACAGUAUCAGACAAUACGGCCCCGGGAGGAGGUCGGUACACUCGGUACACUCGAUACAGCCGGUAUUAAAGUAGCAGGGUGGAAAGCAGAUGAUCAAUAUUAG